CGCAACGGAGAAAGUUAUUUUCAUUUUCAUUAACGUUAAAUUCGGAUAUACCAAUAACAAAUAACAAAGACAAAGUAAAAAAAGAAAAACAAAUAUAAAACCAGUUAUUACGUUUAAACUGUUGCAGUUAUUGGGGAACCCCAGUAAUUAGAAGUUAUAUGAAACUGGGCUACGGCUAAAUAUUUUUUUUUUUACUCUAAAAUGGAACUGACCUUCAAAAAGGCCCGAUUGGGCUCUAAUGCAAACACAUCUGCUACUAGUGCUGCUGCUGUUGGUGCUGACGACGAGAAUGAUGUGAAUGAUUUUGGCUGGUGGGCACUGCCCGAACCAGCUCUGUUGCAGAUUUUUACACGUCUUAGUGUACAGGACAUGUUGCAGGCGGGCUUAGCCUGCCGUCGUUGGAAUUCGAUUUCGAAUGACGACUUGCUAUGGCGUCAGAAGUUUCAGCAACAUUUCCGAUCUUCGCCCACUAUACCGCUUAAGCCAGGCGCCACCAGUUGGCGCACUGAGUACCAACGUCUAAGCACAGAAAUUCCCUUUGUGCAGGCUCAGCGUUUGGAGCCGAGCGUGGAAUUUAAUCACGGUCACACUCACCAGGUGUUGCAUGUCAGCUUUGCGCACAAUGGCGAAAUGUUUGCCACCUGCUCCAAAGAUGGUUAUGUUAUUAUAUGGAAUGCACAGCAUCCAUGCACAGAAAAAUAUGCACACAAUAUGAAACAAUUUAGCUGGAAGUAUACACAAUAUUCGCAGUUUAAUCAGAGCGACACCUUGCUCUUGGUUUCGGGCGUACAUUUCGGUUCACCACAGAGCACUUCUGGUGAGAUUGCUGUCUUCUAUUUGGGCGCUACGGAAUCUCAUUUGCGCUGCCGAGUCGUCAAUAGGCCAUAUGACAUCUUUGGCACCUGGUUUAGUGAUCAGUAUUUGCUAUCGGGUGAUUUACAUUGGCUUGCACAUUUGGUCAGCACCUCGGUACUGUGGUUGAAUAAAGCCAAUCAGGAGAUCGACUCGGAGCAUGUGCCAAUUAUGAGCCAGAUGUAUAAGUUCUACAAUCGCAAUGCAAGCUCUGUACGAGCUAUAAUGGUGGCCAGAUGCCCUUGGUUAGAUGACACCAAUGAUCCGCUGGCACGGCAAAAGCAAAUGAUACCCGCUGCUGUUUCUUCUACUGCUUCCUCUACUGAUGAGCCCUCUACAUCCGCCUCCGCCUCCGCAUCCGUGUCUGCCUCAUUGGCCAGUGGAAAUCCGUUUAGCUUGCGACGCACACGCAGCGCUACGCCAGAAGACAACUAUUUACCAGACAUAAGCGAACAUAAUCAGGUGCGCAGAUCUCGUGCACGUCCUGGGCACACUUCAGAUGCUACCAUCCACUAUCUAGAGGAGUACAGACGAGCAGCAGCUGCAGCUGGUCUAGAAGCUGAUCAUGAGGAAGAGGAGGAAUACGAGACCGUUUCGGAUCUACCUGAUGAAUACGAUGAAAUGGAGAACAGUGUGCCCAAGUACCUAAUCUUUUCGACUGGCUCGAAAACUUUUACGCCACAUCAAAUUGGAUUCAAGCGCAUACGCAACGUUUACUUCCCCAAAAAAUUAGAUCCCGGACCGACACUCAAAGAGCGCAUCGCAGCGAAGCGAGCCGCUGAACAGCAGCAACAACAGAUGCCACGCACGGAUCCCGAUUGGUGGGACUAUGAGUCUGUCAAGGAUCGUUUCGAUCAGGUGGACAAAGUAAUUGAUCUGCAUGGACAUAUCAUAGGCAUGGCACUUAGCCCUGAUCAUCGAUAUUUGUAUGUGAACACACGACCCUGGCCGAAGAACUAUAAUAUAACGAAUCCGUUGGAGCCGCCACCAAUUGCCCAAGAGAUCGAUAUACAUGUAAUCGAUUUGAUGACUCUCAAGCGUGUGGGCAACAUGCUGCGUGCUCACAAAGCGUAUACGCCCAGUACGGAAUGUUUUUUCAUAUUCCUAGAUGUUUGCGAGGAGUAUGUGGCCAGCGGUGCAGAGGAUCAGCACGCAUAUUUAUGGGAUCGUUAUUACGGAAUCAGCUUAGCCAAAUUUAAGCAUACAGAUGUGGUCAAUAGUGUUGCAUUCAACCCAAAAGACUCUCAGAUGUUAGUCACCACCAGCGAUGAUUACACCAUUAAGGUGUGGCGUUCGAAGGCUCAGGCCAAAGCACAGAAUAUUCCUCUUGAUGUCAGCGAAUCCUUUCUGCUGAAGCCCAAAAACUAAGCCAACUACCGCGUCCUCUCUGUACCUGUGCUGCCCCAGUUGUGAAUUAUCCACAAAAUUUAGUCCAUAAACAUAUUA